AUGAAAAUCGAUUUCUCGCGUUCCAAUGUGAACGAUUCUAUGCUGAACAUCACCAGUCCUCGUAAAUCUACGUUUGACUUGUAUCACAAGCACCAUCAUUCUCUCCCGAUUGGUCGUUUUGUUCCUGUGAAUGUUCAAACCCUUAUGCCGGAUAGCGUUUUGUCUGGCACUAUUAAGCCUGAGUACACCCUUGAACAGGUUGUUACCCCUCAGGUUGGCCCUUUGCGUUUUGACACGCACACUGUUGCUGUGUCUGCUCGUCGUAUUAACCGGGAUUGGCUCGAUAUUUACCGUAAUCUUGCUCUUGGUGGACAGUAUGGUUAUUUGGGUGAUCUUCUCAUGUCUGAGGUGAAUCGCCUUAUGUCUUCGGUUUAUUUUACUGAUUUGACUACUUAUCGUUCUGCUCCCUGGAAUACUAUUGUUGACUGGAUUCAUUUUAUUGGUCAGCCUUUCCUUGGUGAAGGUAGUAUUUUGGAUGAGCUCUCUUAUCCGUGUUCUACCUAUUACGCUCCUAAUUUUGUUAUUCUUCGUACCUUGUUUUCUGGUGAUACUACUGCUAUUAUCGAUCCUCUUGAUCUUUCGGAUCGCCUUGCUGAAUUGGAAGGUGAUCAGUUCUUUAAUCUUUUUGAUUAUAUUCAGAAUGAUUUUGUGUUCUCUAAUUCUACUUUGGUGAAUGAAAUGCCUUUGCGUGCUGCUUAUGCCGCUUGGUACGAUGCGCUUCGCAACUGGCAUGUAGAAGAACGUAAGAAUCUGCUUGAUCCUGAUGAUUGGGGUAAAGUUCCUCUUGUUAACGAUCAUUUGACCGCUGAUGUGUUCUUCAUGCUUUUCGUUCCUCACUAUCGCUGCUUUGGCUCUGAUCCGUUUACUACCAUACAGACUGAUGAUGUUUUCCGUCACGUGUUCGCUCCCAUCAUGCCCGAUGCUGGUGGUACUGCUCAAAACUCUUUCAGCUCUACUGGUGACGCUGCUGAUGUGACUGAUUACGAUUCUAUUUAUCAGGUGAUGGUUCAGGGAAUCUCUAAGGUGUUCCCGCAAGGUCUUUUCCGUCGCUCUUCUGCUAAUGGUGUAACUGAGGUUAACUACCUGGCAGACCUUCAAACCAUGAAGCGUGCCGGAAUGCUUGAGCGUUACCUGGCUCGUAACUACUAUUUCCCGGAUACUUACGAAGGUCAGAUGCGCGCUCGGUAUAAUAUCGAUGCGAGUGAUUUGCUCGGUUGUACUUCUCGCUACAUUUCUGGAUCUGAAUCGUUCUUGACUGGUGAGCAACAGAUUUCGAACGUUUCGACCUCUGAAAUGGAAGCUGGUACGCGUGGUGAUUUCAUCUAUUUGGUUACCUUUGCAAGUAUCAUCCCUAUCCCGGAUUACGAUUCUCUCGAUCCUCACCUUGUUGAGAAUUCGCGUGCUGAUCUUCCCUUCCCUGAGUUUGCGGAUGAUACUCGCGUUCAGAUCAACAAUUCCGAUGUUAUUCGUAACCUCGGAAAUGGUAGUCUGAUCGGCUAUGUUCCUCGCUAUUACCAGUAUCGCUGUCAAUUGGAUUCGGUACAUGGUAAGUAUCUGCGUGAGUACCGUUCCUACCUCUGGUUGCGUGAUUGGUAUUCUACGUAUGGUUACAACCGUGUGAAGGAUCUUAUCUCUGCCUACGAGCCCCAGGAUGUUGUUUCUCCGUUCACCAUCGAUGCGUACGGUUUACACGUUCAUGUUCCGCUGGAUGCGUUCCUUGGUACGGUUCAUGAGUUCGACCCUAUUGCUUACGUCCUGUUUGAUGAGUACUAUAAUGGUUUUCUUGCAAACUUUGGCUCUGCUGGUGAUUCUGAAGCUGCUUCGUUCUUGGAGACUGCUGCUAAUAUCCAGUUGCAAAAGGAUAUUAACGAGCAAAUCGUGCUGAAGCUGAGAAGGCUUAUCAGCGUUCUACUGCUUCUGCUCAGAUAG